CUGAUAAUGGCCCAGACCAGCUUAUCUCAAAUUACUGGAUUUUGGUUUCCUGCAUCGAACGAGGGCGGCAAAUUUGGCAAUGGCUAGACUAAUACGGCCAUUAAGACAGUGGCCGCUGUUGCAGCACCACUGCUGUUCUCGCACUACUACAUUUCUUCAUCUCCUUUCUCCAUCCUUACUAUUAUCUACCACCACUAGUACUACUUAUCAUUCUCUUGUUUUUAACACUCCACGCUCCUCCAAUCGUAGCGUUCAUUUUCGAUCACGUGGUUUGAGAUUACCCGAUGCAACAACACCGUCCGAUCGCAAAGAAGGAGGCUCAAACAGCAAUAGCGAUUCGGAUUCCGAUGAAAAGAGGAGCCGCAACCAGAAGAAGCGAGAAGCUAGGCGCGCUGUUCGUUGGGGCAUGGAGCUGGCUUCCUUCUCCGGCCCGCAAAUCAAACGCAUUCUCAGAAUGGCUUCACUUGAGCGAGAAGUGUACGAUGCUUUAAUACUAGUUAAGGUGUUUGCCUUUAUGUCGCAGAGACUAGGACCUGAUGUUCGAGAGGGAAAGCGGAGGCAAUUUAAUUAUAUCGGGAAACUAUUGCGUGAGGUAAAACCGGAACUAAUGGAUGCUUUGAUUCAUUCAACAAAAGAUGGAGACUGGAGUAGGGUGCAGGCUGUCUCUGAUUUAGAGACAGCGAUUAUUGAGGAAGCAGAUGAAGAUUCUGAAGAAACUGAUUAUGAUGAGGAAGAGGAGGGUUCAUGCGAGUAUGCCGAUUUAGCAACGAGAUGGCUUGAUGGCCUGAUUAACAAGGAUAUACAGAUUACAAAUGAAGUUUAUGCCAUUAGCUCUAUUGAUUUUGAUCGUCAGGAACUACGCAAACUUGUGCGAAGAGUGCAUGCAGUUCAAGAAGGCAAGAAUGUCAUCGAGGAAAAUAAACAAGAGGCAGACACAGCCGUAAUGGCUGCCACAAAACCCCUCUUACGCUUUCUUCAUGCCCUUGCCAAGCAGAUGCCAACUGAAUCUAUUUAGAACACUUUGUAACAUUAUUAAUUUUUAUUUAAAAUUAUAAAUAUAUGGAAUAAAUUUCUUAGAUGGUCCAUCCUUGAUGGUGAUACGAGAUAAGAAAAGUAUGUCAGGUUAUGUAGUAGCUUCAGUUUAGGCUCGGGCUUUGCCAAUUUGUACCGUGGCGAACAUUGUUUGUCUUUAGGGCUAUGACCAGCACCAUGGAGCGGGAUGACAUAUUUCUUUUCUGUCAGCUCCUUUUGGGUCAUUGAUCCAGUACUAUCGGUGCUUGUCAAACGAGUAGAAAUAGGUCUACAAAAGAGCACGGUUAAGGCGCUAUCCAAUUUUCCAUAUCGAGGCUUGAUGACAAAUCUGAAAGUCUUUUAGGUUUAGGCUUUUCUUUGCAUUGGUGAAUGUUAUAUGGGAGGGUUAAGAUCAAUUCUGAUGGUUAACUAUUGAAAUAUUGAAAGAGGGCAUACAUCGGCAGAUCAGUGGCUUGCAGGAGCCUUUCUGGUUAUGCUUCAGGCAGUAACCAUUAAUGUCUUUGAGUAAGAUGGUUCAGCUUCAUAGGUUCUUUAUAGAGAUUGUUACGUAUAAUAUCCUCAUUUCUUAUGGAUGCUUGUGGCUCAGAACCUUUUGUUUGUUUAGUUAUCUUAAUUUAUUUAUUUUUUUAUGA